CAGGCGCUGGCUGGUGCGCUGGUAUCCGGUCGUUGACAGAGCCGCGGCGGUUGCCACGCUGCGGAAUGAGGUGGGCAGCCGGAUACAGCAGACGUGUGGCCGCAUCCCCGAGGCCUUCGGCCACCUGGGCAUCUCGGAGCGCCGCGCGGAGAGCACGCUGGAGGGCGCCGGCGUGUGCUGGGACGUGUCCCUGGCCCUCGAGGAGCUGCUCGGGGCAGCCGACCUCAUCGACAGGGAGGUCCACGUGCUGCGGCUGGCCGUCAGCGAGCGCCAGGCACGCCAGAGGCUCGAGGCCGCGGAGUGGGACCUCGAGCGCGCGGUGCGGGAGCAGGCGGAGCGGCUCCUCGGCGGCUGCCUGGGCGAGGCCCCGGGGUCCAAGCCGAGCCAGAGGGUGCUGUUCGCGGCGCUGCACAUGGCCGACUGGCCCGACGGGGCCGGGGGCUCGACGUCGUCGGAGGGUCUCGAG